AUGCCGUCAACACACCCCUCCAUCCAGACCUGUCUCCGGGCGGCGUCGAGGCCAGCGACCACCUCCUUCCCCCGCUUCUCGACAAGAACCUUCACAACGACACCCCCGACGCUCUACAAACAACCGCGGGUGCCCGGAUCAGACAUCCCGAUCCCGUCAGUGACGGCGCCGCAGCACCACAUCCCGCCGUACCCGUACGGGCCGCGGCAGGUGUACCACCAGUCCAACACGGGCCUGUACGGGUCGGCACGGAUCCGGUUUGGCAACAACGUGUCGGAGCGCAACAACAUCAAGACGCGGCGCCAGUGGCGGCCCAACGUGCACCACAAGCGGCUGUGGUCGGCGUCGCUGGGCGUCUUUGUGCGCACCCGCGUCACCGCCCGCGUGCUCCGCACCGUCGACAAGGCCGGCGGCCUCGAUGAGUACCUGCUCGGCCGCACCCCGCAGCGCGUGCGCGACCUCGGCCCCUGGGGGUGGAAGUUGCGGUGGCGCAUCAUGCAGACCCCCGCCGUGCGCGCCCGCUUUGCCGCCGAGCGCGAGGCCCUGGGCUUGCCGCCCAAGGAGGACGACGAGCUGAUAUUGGAGGCCGCGCAAGCGCUGCCGGACGGGACGGCCGCUGGGGAGGCGCUGAUGGCGAAGACGGACAAGAUGCUCGCGGAGGAGACCGAGUUUGAGCUCUACACGGAAACGGAGGCGGCGGCGGCAGCGGAGACAGCUGAGGAGAUGAAGGAUGGAUUCAUGAAGGAAGAGAAGCCAAGGCAGUAG